AUGAUUACCAAGAUACAUCUGCUUGGGACCUCUGUCCUCCUGCUCGCGCAUCUUGCAUCCGCGCUCCCCCCUACACAACAUACAGACAGUCUUCGCUCGCGCCAGGAGCCUGCAACCAACCUCCCACAGUUAUCACACAUCGCCCGGUGUCCCACCCCAGAGACUACAACAGCCGUCGACGGCAAGAACUUCACCAUAUGCCAAGGCACCGACAUGAAUGGUGGCAACGCGCAGGAAACCAAAGAUAUCGCUACUGAGGCCGACUGCGUGAAUCUCUGCGCUACCACCGCGAACUGCGCCCAGGCCGCCUACGAUACCCAGGAUCGUAUCUGCUACAUUAAACUUCCUAUGGAAACCAACGCGAUGUUCUGGCUUCUCAACUCCCGAUUCACCACCAUCAAACUCGCCGCCCCAAGAAACCCGUCCAUGAGCGGCCAGUGGAGCGACAUCAUCCGCUUGCCUGUCAUUCCAGUCGGUGGUUUCGUUGUACCCGCUUAUCCAGAAUCGUCUCGCGUCUUGUUCUUCUCGUCUUGGGGCGCCACCACAUGGGGUGGUGCAUCAGGCCUCACCCAAUUCGCAGACUUCGACUACCUGACCGGCAAGGUAUCCCAGCGCGAGGUUGCGAACACUAAACACGACAUGUUCUGUCCGGGUAUAUCCACCCUGGAGGACGGCAGAGUCAUGAUCUCUGGCGGCAGUAAUGCCGAGGCUGUCUCCUUCUACGAUCCGGCGACGAAUGAGUUCACCAAGGGCCCGGAUAUGAUCAUCCCACGAGGCUACCAGUCGAGCUGCACGACCAGCGAGGGGAAGAUCUUUGAAUUAGGAGGGAGUUUCAGUGGUAAGAGGGGAGGGAAGAGCGGGGAGUUGUACGACCCGGCAACGGGCAAAUGGACGGCGCUCACGGAAGCUUUGACGGAUCCGAUGUUGACUGUUGACGACGAGGGACACGCAUGGCUCUACUCUUGGACCAACGGCAGUGUCUUUCAAGCCGGCCCAAGCAAAGCGCAGAACUGGUAUGAUACCGUCAACAACGGCGCCAACAUGCCUGCCGGCACUCGCUCUGGCGGCGACGCCAUGUGCGCGGCCAACGUGAUGUACGAGCCUGGUAAAAUCCUCUCGGCCGGGGGAGCGGCAACCUACACCGACUCUCCGGGCUUAGCAAACUCGCACAUCACGACCAUCACCGAGGCGUACAAGCCGUCCGUGGUCGAGGAGGUUGCCAACAUGACAUACCCGCGUGGCUACCCCAACGCCGUUGUCCUCCCCGACGGCACCGUCCUCGUCACCGGCGGGCAGCAAGUGGCCGAAGUGUUCACGGACAAGGCCGCGACCAUGUACCCGGAGCUGUUCAACCCCGUGACCAAGGAGUGGACAAUUCUCGCCCCCGAAUCCGUGCCGCGGACCUACCACUCCAUCAGCCUCCUGCUGCCCGACGCAACGGUGUUCAGCGGAGGCGGGGGACUGUGCUAUGGCAGAGGUUCCGGCUGUGACAGAACCGUCGAUCACCAAGACGGCCAGAUCUUCUCGCCGCCGUACCUGUUCAACGCCGAUGGGUCUGCGGCUACGCGUCCCGAGAUCUCGGCCGUUGCAGAGACGAAUGUGACCGUCGGCGGUACGCUCACUGUGACAUGCAACACUGCGAAAGCGAGCCUUGUCUUGAUCAGAAUCGGCAGCGCCACCCACUCGAUCAACACGGAUCAGCGACGGGUGCCGUUGCAGGAGGUAAAAGAGGCGUCAGCGCCGGAUGGCAAGACUUCGUACACGGCGACUCUGCCGAAGGACAGUGGGGUGCUGAUUCCAGGGGCGUAUUAUCUAUUUGUUGUCAACGACCAGGGGGUGCCGAGCAUAUCGAGAACGGUUCAAGUCGUGAGAAGUAAAAGUCCCGCAACUUAA